AUGGCUUGGUUGGGGACUGGAUAUGACUUCAAGUAUAAUGGUGUGACCAACGGAGGCAAAUUUGACGGCGACAUCAAAAAGACGGACGAAUACAAAACUUUCCAAAAGUCCGUCCAAAAGACCUUCGCUAUCUGGGAGAUGUUGUCCGUGGCUAGUGACCCCACCCUAGCUGCGCGUGCAGCGGAUUUCGAAAACGCAUACAAAUGGAUCGUCAAGAAUCCCGCUACACACAGAACAAAGUGUCGUUUCACUGUCAACUCAGACUGGGCUGAACUGCACCGAGCCGUGUCCACGAGUCAUGGAAGACACCUCCUUGAACGGACCAUUCCCAACCCAGCGACUUCUCAAUACGAUGAAAAACCCAUUUAUCCAUCGAUACCCUUAAAAGGCCGUGUCCCAUCGACCCUGAUAUCGACUUGCGAUCUUACGAGCACAACACCUGCAAAGCUCGACACGCCGCAACCUCUAAAUCAACAAGACUAUAAUGGACCCAUACCCAUUAGUGAUAGGGUGAGAUGGUACUUCCGUCUGGGAAAGUCUUAUCUCGCCUUCUACAAGACAGGCUUCAAAAACAUCUGGCACAACUAUAACGAGUUGAGGAAGAUUCGUGGGAGAUUCGGAAGCCGCAAGCUUGAGGACGUGGUGAAAUAUGGCGGGAGCGGCAGCGCAGGCAACGCUGACGUUGAGCCAGCACUCAUCAUAACGCGAGACGAAUACCAAAUGGCUCUUCGCACGCGACAUGACCUCGGAAAACUCGUGCCCUUCUCCAUUGUAUUCGCCGUAUGCGGCGAAUUCACUCCGCUGGUCAUCCUGGCGAUAGGCUCUGCGGCAGUGCCAUACACCUGUCGCAUCCCCAAACAAGAACAACACGAUUUCCUCAGACCAGUCCGAAUACAAGCAAAGUACACAGCACAAGUGGAUAAGCUUUUGGGUGAAGACCCAAUGACCCGUGACGCCAACCACAUACACUGGAAACUAGAAUUCAUUGAAGCGUACCGCUUGCACGUGAAUCCAUUUCUGCGCCCUAUUCCCGGGUUAGGAUUUCUAUGGCACAAGUUCUACUCAGGUCCGCGGCUACGCAAGCACUGCGAAGAAGUCCUCUGCGACACAAUCCUCAUACGGCGGGAAGGCGGGUUCCGUAGACUCUCGCCCCGCGAGGUGUUCCAAUGGAGUCUCAAGUACGGCCUGCGGAGCCUGACAGAUUACAUGGAUAACCAGCGACGCCAGGGUGUCUCCGUGGACCCAGAGUCGCCUGAGUUGAAGGAAACUCUGCUGCCUAUUGUCGAGGCAGAAGCGGAUUACAUACUCGGGGUGGAUUGGAGAAGGCUCAAUCCAGAGAAUCACUGGCUCUCGGUUUUCAGACCAAUACCUGUGACGCCUGAUGAUCGGCACUUAUCAGAGCGCUGA